GUUAUUUCCCGCAAUUGCUUAAUGUUGUGUGCAUGUACAGUCAUUGAAUUGGCGGCAUUUCUUUAAUGCCGACAAAGCGACCCAGCGGGCUGCAAGUCGGUCGUACUGCAGGGGUACUUCGGCGGCAUGUCUUUGAUGCCGGCAAAGCGACGAACGUCUAAAUUUAGCGAGUUACUCAGAAAAAAUUCCCGCCACUGUCACUUUCCCACGAACAAGGGUGCAAACAAGAUGGCAGACGAAGCUGGACCGUCCAAAAAAAUGAAAUCUUCAACAUUUUUUCAAGGAGCUAAUUUGAAAGUGUAUAUUCUGGAAGACACUGAAGUGCGUAUGGGACAAGAUCAAGGAAGAAAGUAUGGAGUAACAAACGUUUUGUCAAAGUCAACAGAGUAUGACUGUCUUCAUGAAAUGGUUAUGCCCGAGAAGUUUAUCAUGAAGACUAAGGCAUCAGUGAACAAAUGUCUUUUGUUGAAAAAUUACGCAAUUAAAGAAGAUGGAAACAUUAGAAUAUCCGAUUACACUACAGUCUUUGACACUUCAGCAGACAGGAUUUCAGAGGAAAAAAUAAAGAAAUGGACAAACCCACCAAUUAAACCAAUUGCAGUUUCAAAGUCUUUAGAAAAGGGAGACCGAGUUUCAAUCUGUGGAACACUUGAAAGGAGAACACAGAUUCUUCAGGGGAAAAGUUCCCAAAGGAGAAUUCUCACCAUAAAGGACCAAACUGGUGAGGUUGAUGUUAAAUUAUGGGGAGAAAGGCUGAUGCACAUAGCACCUGAAGAAAGAACAAGAAUUGUUGUUACAAAUGUUACAGUGGAUGAAUACAGAAACAACAAAACUCUUAACAGCAACAUGUCCACUCGUAUCGAAAUCAAAGAGGAUGCAGAAAACUUCUCGGGAAAAAUAGAGGCAGCCUGUUUUGAUGAGGACUCUUUAUCCCUUGUCAUAAAUGAGAAUGUAUUCAAUGUAUCAGCUGAUCUCAUUGAAAUGGUUUUUCCGUUGCUGUCCUUUGAAGAAAAUGUUGAGAUUACUGGACAAGCAAGGGGAAAUACCAUCACAACCAUUCUUGAUGUACAUCGCCAAGAUGAAAUGUAAUUCCAUCAACAAUACACAAUAGCCUUAAAAGAAGAGGAUGUUGAUUAUAAUAUAAUAACAGCAUAAAGUGCUCAAGAAAGCAUUGUAUUAGUUAUACCCCUGCUCCGAAGGAGAAAGAGGUAUACUGUUUUACCCUUGUCUGUCUGUCUGUCUGUCUGUCUGUCUGUGAGUGUCUGUCUGUAACAAAUAUUUCUGUCGGAUGUUUCUCAGCAACUAUUCAUUGCAGAAGCAUGACAUUUUAACACACUAUUUGUUUAGGCAUGCCAUAUCAUGGAAUAUAUUUUUGUACCAAUCGGACAUCAACUUCCUGUUAAAAGUAGACUUUGUUUAUUUUCAGCCUAAAUUUUCAAACCAAUUUGUCAGAUUUCUCAGCAACUAUUUCUCGCAGAUGCUUGAAAUUUAAACAUACUAUUUAGUUAGGCAUACCAUAUAUUUUAGUAUCAAUCGGAUGUCAGCUCCCUGUUAAAUAUUGACUGUUUAUUUUUUGCCUAUAUUUUGAAACAAAUUUUCGUCAAACAUUUUUCAGUAAGUGUUUAUCACAGAUGUUUGGAAUUUUAACACACUUUUUGUUUAGGCAUGCCAUAUCGUGAUAUAUUUUUCUACCAUUCGGAUGCCAAUUUCCUGUUAAAUGUUGACUUUGCUUAUUUUGCAUAUUCACAUAUCAGAGCGGGGGUAUUACUAGAGAGCAUUAGCUCACAGAUAUCUUGUUUGAUUAUCUUUAUGACUCUUUUGGAUUUUUGUGUGUUUGUAAAUGUGCUUUAAAAUUGGCUGCUGACAUCUUACAAUUUUUAAAACAUUUUCAAUUAAAAGCUGACCAAUUGUAAGUUAAAAUUUCAGUAUAAUUGACCUCUUAUAUUUUUUAAUUGACCUCUUAUAUUUUUGAAUUAUGGAAUUUUUUUAAUUUCCUAAAGACUGGUAUUACAUAAUGUUUGUUUGUUCCAUGAUACAUAACUAUAUAUGUUUACAUAGAAAGGUCUUAUAUUUAUUUGAUAUAUCAUUUUUUACUUUUAAUUCAAAUCCAAAAUUACUUGUGAUUUCUCUAAAGA